UCUGGUAGCUCUGGAAGAAUGAGACGAAGGCCAGGCAACAGCGGGUUAUGCUGCUGUGACUCCCUCCUCCCUCCCCACCCCACCGCCACUUGCCAUGAGUGGAGAGCUUCUGGGCAAAGACAAGCCCUGAGAACUUCCAUCCAAUAACAAGACAAGGCGGCUUUUCCUGGAUACAGUGCAUUGUAGCAACCUGAAAAGGUGUGUUUGUGUAUUGCAGAGAGAACAAACAAGUGAGUGCCAGUGCCAGAGGUUCAAAGAUGUUGGAGUAGGUUCCUUAUGUUUCAGCCAGACCAGAAGGGGAACGUGCCUCGAAUGCGCCUCCUGCAAACCAACAGUCCUUUUGGCCAGAAGUUGUUAAAGCAAAUUCCGGUCACGGAUGGUGACCAGUUAACGUUCCAGACUUACUGUAAUGCUUUGUCCUGGCUAUCUAAAAGCACCUUGGAGACCAAAGUAAAAGGACUAUACCAAACAUUAUUCUCUGGCAUUGUUGGCAAGGAACAACUCAGGGGUUUGCUGCGUGACUUAUAUCCUAUGCAAAGUUGCAGUGCCGUUGAUGAACUUUCUGCUACUUUCCUCAAGGAAGUGGAUAAAGACAAUCAAGGGUAUAUCUCUGAAGAUAUGUUUGUUGCCUGGGUUCUAUCCUUUUCAGAAGAAAUAGUCAAAUCUACACUAGAUUUUCCAAUAAUACCUCCAAAUCUGACACAAAUUGAGCAUCCUACUUCUUAUCUGAGUUUCACUGCAGAUAUUCAGGAUAAAGAAGUACUGAGUGACCUGCAACUUGUUAAGGUGGCCACAGAGAUAGCCACAAGAAAAAGAAACUGGAGGCUUCUUGCUAGUAAGCUUGGCGUUACAGAGAAGCACAACUUCCAUUUGGGGAAUGAGCAUGGGAAAACAAAGGACCAAAUCCUGAAAAUAUUACUGAGCUGGCACAGAACAUGUCAAGGAGCUCCUCUUCCUAUACUUCAAGCAGCCCUGCGAGAAAGUGGCAAUGUAGACAUCUGUAACGAAGUGUUCCACUUGAGCUUUUAAUAUAU